AUGGCCUUCUAUGGCGCUUACUUCAAGGAGAGGGCGAAGCUUUCGUGGCCACAGGUGCAGGAUGUAGCGCGAAAGUCCCUGCCCUGGUUGCAAAAUUCGUAUCCAGAAUAUGUCGAGGAGAUGCAAGGCGUUGCCGACGGCGCGGGCCUCGAUCUCGAAUCAAUCGUCGCACUGAAUGUCCGCACCGAGAUUGCCUUUGGCAUGGUGAGUGACGGCUGCACCGCGCUGGCCUGGAAGACGUCAGAUGCGAGUUUCCUGGCGCAGAACUGGGACUGGAACUUUGACCAAACACCCAACAUCAUCUGUCUCUCGAUCGAACAACCCGGAAAACCCCGAAUCCAUAUGAUGAGCGAAGGUGGAAUCAUUGGCAAGAUUGGAAUGAACUCGGCAGGUGUCGGCGUCACGCUGAAUGCCAUCCAAGCGCCUGGCGUCUCUUUCGACAAGCUUCCUUGCCAUCUUGCGCUGAGGACGGCACUCAAUAGCACCUCUAAAGACGCAGCAGCAGCCGCACUUCGUAAAGCCGGAGUGGCUUCGGCUUGUCACAUCACCAUCGCUGACGCUGCAACUGGGGGCGUUGGGUUUGAAUGUACAGCACUUGACAUUGUGGAAAUGCCCAUGGACACGGACGGCGCAUUGCGUGGGUCGUGUACUCACUCCAAUCACUUGGUCAAGCAGCACAAGGUCGCAGGGAACGUACUUGUCGCCGACUCCCCCUUUAGGCUCGACAGGAUCCAAGAGCUAAUGAAGGACAUUGGCAAACCGACCAUGGAAAACUUGAAGGAGAUUCUCAAGGACGAGAAAAACUAUCCCGUCGCUAUCAACCGAGCCGUAGGUGAGAAGAAUACCAGCCAAACCUUGUUUUCCAUCGUCAUGGACUUGAAGCAAGGCUUUGCCGAUGUCAAGAUGGGACGACCAACAGAGGAUGGGGAAUCGUUCCAGCUGAGACCAUAG